AUGGCACUGGCACCACACAAUCCUGGAGAAAAAAGAGGCGACUCGGAGCCCACGGCCGGAGUCUGGAUUGAUAGCGGCCGCUCUCAGCGCGGACCCACUAGCCCGCUGGGCGUGGCUUGCGACAGCCGGCCGACGGAAAAAACCGCGCCACGCCAACCCUCCAAUGGCGCCGCGACGCCGCCCCUGGAUCGCCCCCACCAUACUUCGGCCGCGCCCCUAUGCGAUGCCAGCGCCGCGCCGCCCAUACAAGCGGCGGAGAUCCGUACUAAGCAGAGCGAGAGGGCGAUACGCGCCGCCGCUCGUCCCCCGUACAAUUUCCCCCGAACCGAUCAU